UUAGCAGGCAAAAACAUGACUUGGUGGCCGGUCGGCGCUUCUCUUUUUGCCAGUAACGUGGGCAGUGGCCACUUUAUUGGACUGGCUGGAUCAGGAGCCGCAGCUGGAAUCGGCCCUACUGCAUAUGAGUGGAAUGGUAUGCUUGUGGUUUUACUCCUCGGUUGGCUCUUCCUACCUAUCUAUAUUGCUUCGGGGGUGACAACUAUGCCAGAAUAUCUUCAGAAAAGAUUUGGGGGUAAAAGGAUACAGAUAUUUAUUGCUGUCUUGUAUUUAUUUAUAUAUAUCUUCACCAAAAUAUCGGUGGAUAUGUACGCCGGUGCUGUCUUCAUUCAACAGGCUCUGGGCUGGAAUAUUUAUCUAGCUGUAAUCCUUCUCCUUGUUAUUACAGCUGUCUACACAGUAGCAGGUGGCCUUGCGGCAGUCAUCUACACUGAUGCGGCUCAGACUGUUGUCAUGCUGGCCGGGGCCCUGACCCUCAUGGGCUUUAGUUUUGCGGAGGUCGGAGGUUGGCAGGCCAUCUUUAAUGAGUAUCCUAAUGCCAUUCCCUCUGUUAGAGUCCCAAACACUACGUGUGGGAUCCCACGCGAGGAUGCCUUUCACAUUUUCCGUGACCCCGUGACGUCAGAUUUGCCCUGGCCGGGUGUGUUGCUGGGCAUGUCCAUUCCUUCUAUAUGGUACUGGUGUUCGGAUCAGGUUAUAGUGCAGCGUUCUCUGGCUGCUAAAAACCUUCUCCAUGCUAAAGGAGGCUCUCUGCUGGCUUCGUACCUCAAAGUCUUACCUUUUUUCAUGAUGGUGCUGCCUGGCAUGAUCAGUCGAAUCUUAUUUCCAGAUGAAGUGGGCUGUGCAGAUCCUGAGGUGUGUGAGCAGGUGUGUGGGAACACUGUGGGCUGUUCGGAUAUUGCCUAUGCCAAACUGGUCAUGGAACUCCUUCCUUCAGGACUUCGAGGUCUGAUGAUGGCUGUAAUGCUAGCUGCUCUUAUGUCCUCCCUGACCUCCAUAUUUAACAGUUCCAGCACUCUCUUUACCAUGGACCUGUGGAGACAUUUUCGCCAUGCUGCCUCUGAGUGGGAGCUCAUGAUAGUUGGCAGAGUGUUUGUCCUGGUGUUGGUGGUGGUCUCUGUGUUAUGGAUUCCCCUGGUUCAGGCUAGUCAGGGUGGCCAGCUCUUCAUCUACAUCCAGUCUAUCAGCAUGUACCUGCAGCCACCGGUUACUAUAGUCUUCAUGGCCGGCUGCUUCUGGAGGAGAGCAAACGAGAAGGGAGCAUUCUGGGGUUUGGUUCUGGGCUUGCUGAUCGGACUGGUGAGGAUGAUCCUGGAUUUUGUUUUUCCCGUACCACAAUGUUACGAGACAGACAGCAGACCUGUUAUUGUUAAAUACGUGCACUACCUGUAUUUUUCAAUCAUCCUUUCCCUGAUCACACUGGCUGUGGUGGUUUGUGUCAGCCUGGCUACAGAGAAACCCACAGAAGAGCAGAUAAGUCGACUGACUUGGUUCACGAGGUUUAAUCCUGUGCAGAAUAAUGAGGUGGACAAAGAAGCUGGAAUCUUUACAGUCGACAACGGACAACAAUAUGAAAAACAAAAGUGCGGUGGAAAUGAUGAAGAGAAAACAUCCGACUGGAGUACAGCCCAUACUGAAAGGACUCCAACUCCAUCUAAACUAAAGUCCAUUCUGCUCUGGUUGUGCGGGAUGGAGCAGAACUCUGGUGACGAGCGACCACCUCCACCCCUGCCUGAAGCAGUAGGAUGUUCCCUGGAAGAAGAUCCGUGUAUGAGGCAUGUGGUAAAUGCCAACCUCAUUGUUUGCCUGUCUAUGGCAGUGUUUCUGUUUGCCUACUGGGCAUAA